AUGUGCAGCAUAAAAUUUUAUCGAAUAAUACUAAUAACGAUUGUGUUUGUGAGAUGUGCCGAUAAACCUGGAAAUAACGACCAGAGCCUGGUAUCAUACACUGAUAGUGAAGAAGAGGAGGAUAAUUUUAAUGUUACAGAAUCCGCUGGACCUUCCAAGAGUUCUGAAACAACGAGUUUUAAACAUUUUGAAGCAUAUAAUAAAAUAAUUUUUAUUAAAAAGAAUGAGGAAGGGAUAAUGGUUCCUAUGGAAGAGGGAGACUAUAAAGUUACGUCUGAAGAUUUGAGUAAAAUAGAGUAUAUGUUUCAGGCAAGUUUGGAGAUGAUAGUUUAUAAUUAUGAAAAUAUUUUUGAGCAUGUAACUGGAAAGCCUUAUGCCUUAACAUUAACAUAUUAUAAAGAUUAUAAUGUGCUUACAAUGCAAGAUGUGGAUGGAUUCACAUUUAUGCGCCGCGAAGGAGGGAGAUGGAGAGUAUACUCACGCAGACGCUCAGGUUAUCUUGAACUUUACAAAAUAGAUAAAGGUAAAGAAGUUGAACUAAAUGAAGACGAUUAUUAUGUCACGUUUGGUCCAAAAGGAUUGUUGAAAUAUGGAUUUAAGAAGAAUGUAAAGUGUUAUAAAGUUAUGUACAGAGGCUUAUUAGUUUGGAAAAGAAAACCUAGCAAACCUUUCCCAAAUAUGGUUGGUAUUAAUAUAUCAAGAGAUAUCUUAGUUUAUUUUGAAGACCAUACUAUGAUAUUUUUAAAAAGCCACAACUACGGUGCAACCGUCAAAAAACCAAGAAAAUGA